ACAAGUGCACAUUUUUAUGAUAUUUUGUGUGCGGGAAGUCUUCAUUUGGAACAGUUUAAUUUGUAAUGAAAGGCUCUGCUUGAAAAGUGCAUGUGCUUUCUUUCUUUAAAAUAAAUGCCUCUUGAUUUGAUAUUUAGUUUUUUAAUGCAUAGACAUUCGUAUAUUAAGGGUGGCUUAAGUGUUCAAAUAUAUUUGAGGCCACUGUAGAAAUGAAUGGUGCCUCUGUUGGUUGUGUUCUUUCAUUUGAUUGGCUAGAUUGGUCAGUGGGAGGAGCCUAUAUGGUUGGCACCCCCUUUGGCAGAAUCUGCAUAGUCCAGAAUCCCACUUUCCUGGCUGUUUCUCUUCCACGCAACCAUGAAGAUCACCUUGGUGACCAGCUCUUUGGUGAUGCUCUUCUUGAUAGAUGUCCACGCCAAUGUCCAACCACAGAAGAACUUUGACCUCCAGAGGUUUGCAGGAAAGUGGUAUCGGAUCGGCCUCGCCUAUGAUUCUCCAGGUUUUGUUACAUUUAGAGGCAGACUGACCAUUUCUAUGGGCAUAGUGGAACCAAAGGAAAAUGGGGAUGUCAACAUGACAAUGUGGAGUUUAAGUUCCAUGUUUCCUGUCCCCCUGUUACAUGUGAUUACAUGCAGGUCAUCUGGUUGCCAGCGUAAGCUCUAUGUUUAUGAGAAGACGUCUGUGCCUGGCCUAUUUAACUACUACAGCACUCGUCAUAGAAGAGUAAAGGAUGUUACUGUGGUGGAGACAAACUACACAGAGUAUGCCUUGGUCCUCAAACACAGGAAGUUCAACAAGAAGUACACACAAGUAUCACUUUAUGGCCGCACUAAAAAAUUAAGAGCCGAUCUGAUAGAGAAGUUCAGAGCAUAUGCCACAGCUCGAGGAUUUUCCAAAGACUCCAUACUGACUCCACCACCACCUGCUGAUUUGCCUCGAGACCCUCCAGAAACCUGUGAUGCCCCCAUCCUGAUAGACAGUGAAAUUGAAUUGGCACCCCUGUGAGUGUCAGUCGAGUCUCUGAUGAACUUCUCAUGCUGUCUAUGUAAAGCGGUUCAAAUCUGUCACAUAUUGAGGUUCUAUGAUAGUUAAAAUGCUACCUUAGAAGUUGGUUGCUUGAUGUAAGCAGUAGGCUGCAAGGCAGCACACUAGGUUUUGGAACAAAGAUACAGCAGCCAGUAGCAGUUCUAGCUUGUAUGGCACCCUGGGCGAAACCUGCUUCAGUGCCAAAAAUCUAGAGUUCUGACAAACUUACUGCAAAUUUUCCACUCAUUAUUUUCACAUGCAAAUGAGCUUGCGAUUCAAUACAAAUGUUUGGCAGAACAGGGUUCCCACACGUCCUGGAAAUCCUGGGAAACCUGGAAUUUUGCAAAGCAGUUUUCCAGUCAUGGAAAAGUCAUGGAAAAUGAGAAAAAUAGGUCCUGGAAAAUAAUUAUUUGUCCUAGAAAAUAUUUUAGUAUGAUAAAACUUUCUGAUCCAUUCACUGACAGUUUUUGUACAAGUAUUGAUAUAGUGCAAUUUUUUUCCAUUCCAACUUCCAACACUGCUGUAGUGUUAACUACAAAAUCAUUUGAAUUAUCCAAAUUUUAUUGAGUAAACUUUAGACAACGACGACGGUCAGACCACAGAUUGAGGUGGUAGUGUGGCGAUACGGCCUUUACACCUCGGUAUGUAAAUUAAUUUUCAAUAAUUCAACGAUCAGAGUCUGCUUAUACUGCCGUUACCACAUGUAGGGCCCUAUGAAUUCCACGAUGCGGAGAAAACAGAUAAAAUCACUGAAUCCAGCCAUAAAAAUGUAAACUGGUUUGAGAUAUGAUGGGGGUCCAGUAUUCAAAAAAAGGCUGAGAACCACUACAUUUGAAUACAAUGAGCAGAGCAUUCUGAAGAGUGCAGCACAUGCAGACUUUAUAUUUAUUUUAAUGGGGUUAAAUAAUCACACUGGGACAAGUAGCAAACUACUUAUCCAAAGGUGAGAAACUACCGUCAAAAGCACACAGAAACACCAAAAUAAAAGCUCAACUUAAAUUAAAGCAAUAUCUCACAUUUGUGAUGUUAUGUUGUGCAGACUUCAUUUGACAAAAAUAUCUCCAGUGUUGUUUCAGAUUGUGCUGUAAAGAUUUGGUAGAAAAGCACUUCAUUUGAUAAAAAUAAUGCAAAGUUAUUUUGAAAAAUGUAUUUACUUAAAAGAAUUACAUUUUUAUUUGAUUAAAAUGUUUACAGAUUCAUUUGAUUAGACACCAUUUCUUUUAUGAAAUUUAAUUAAACUGUUGAAAAAAAAUAACUCCCCAACAACCACAAUUUGAAUGACCUCUCAUGUGUUUUUUCUUAAAUAUUACAACCAUGUGACACAUAAAAUGUCCUGGAAGAUUGUGCCUUGAAAAAUGUGGGAAACCAGUUUGCAGCUCUUUACCGUUAGUGGUGAACCUGCAGCAAACCUUUGGCAACAAUGAUGAGUUUAACGCAAAGCUCAUUUGCAUGUGAAAAUAAUGAUUGGCAAAUUUGCUAGAAGUUUGCCAGAACUCUCGAUUUUUGAAAGGGAGAUCAGUGGACGUGAUUGUGUUGCUGAAGUAGCUGAUUUAUCAGUUACUUGCAAAACCUUUCAUUUCUGUUUUUCUUUCUGAGAUCAUUGUCCUUCUUCAACAAAUUAGGCAAGCAAGAGCUUAUUUCAGGACCUGAUUCCCUUUUAAAAUCAAAGACAUACAGUACUGUCCUCCACCACAAUGUGUUACAAAGUUAUCAACUAACAAAAGCCUUGACCUGUACUGUAGUUUAUUUAGUUUUCUCUUGUAUACAUUCAAACCGUUGUUCUGUAUAUCACUUGUUAGGCUAAAUGAGCUUACCUUAAUGAGCUGAAAUGACAUUGGUGGACUAUGUUUAAUAAUUGGUGGUGAUAUUGUAACUGAUCAUGAGGUGACUGUCUGAAUUGUUAUAUUUCAUUGUAAACCUGACUAAUUAUUGAACCAUGAACACAGAAGAAUGGAAAUAUAGAGGAAGUGAUGACUUCUCUAUACAUCUUAACUUGUACAAAUAAAAACUGUAUUCUGUUUA